UGACAUUGCAUGCAAGCAGACGACAAGCAGGCGAUCACAACAGCUGACAUGAUGGAAGCUUUAACAAAUCUAAUAGAAUGGAACGAUACAAAUCUUUGGAUUGUUCUAUUUAUUAUGCCUUUCAAUCCGUUUUCAUGGGUUGUGGUCGGUCGUUGGGAGUAUCACACGAGGUCACUAACGAAAUUCUUUGGUAGUAAAUGGAUAGCUUGUUACUUGAACGGGGCAGUGAUACUCGUACUAGACUGCUAUAGAGAUAUGAAGAUUCAUGAACUACUUGCCGACCAACCAAAAUGGUCUCCUUUACAGAAUGAAUUCUCCUUGUACAUUGGUUAUGUCAUUAUUGCAAUUGGUUUAGUCUUUACAUUAUCUGGAUGGUAUCAGCUUGGAUAUACCGGUGUACUUCAAGGUGACUAUUUCGGGAUUCACAAAGAGGAAAGAAUUACAGCAUUUCCAUUUAAUGUUCUAAAUGAUCCUCUUUAUGUUUCAUUUGACAUAAUGGCUCUUGGCUUGGCAUUUACAAAUGCUAGCUUCCUGGGGUUAUUAUUAGCUGUAUAUCAGACGAUCAUCAUGCACGUCACGUGCCUUGCAGAAAAUCCAUUUACGACAAUGAUUUAUGUGGAAAAAGCCAAACGGGACAAAGCUGCAGCAGACGCGAAAAUUCAAAAUGGAGACAAGGAUGUGCAAGCAAAUUACAAUCAAGCUACAGGGUUGAAACAAAGAGGUUGAAAUAACAAGCCAUAGAUAAAUAAUUCUAUGUACUGAAAGAACACAAACUCCUAUACAAAAGUUUGGGAACCUUUUCCCAUUCAAUUGCAUGUUAAUUGGGCCUCCUGCCGAAAAUGAAAUCAAGUUAUAUGAUCAUUAUUAAAAUAAGCCCAACUCUCAAUGUUUUUUUAAAGAAAAAUACUCAAACAUGUAGUUCAAUGAAGGUUUCCAGGUAUCUUAAUGUUUUGA